GAAAAGGAUCCCCCUCACAAGUAAAAGGACGCCUCACAAAGGCAAUACACCAAUACAAGUACUUUCAUCCCAAUUCCUCAUACAUUUAUAAGAAUUCCCAGUGUACAGCUCCGCACCCAUAGCACAGUGGUUAUGGCACCAGCCCCGUAUACCGAGAUUAGCGGGUUUCAACCCAGCAUGAGCAGCUAAAACUACCAUGACAACUGUAACGAAAAAUAGCCAGGCAUUGUGGCAGGCACCUGUAGUCCUGGCUAUUUAGGAGGCUGAGGCAAGAGAACCAUUUAAGCCCAAGAGUUUGAGGUUGCUGGGAGCUGUGACACCACGGCACUCUACCAAGAGAGACAUAGUAAGACUGUCUCAAAAAUAAAUAAAUAAAUAAAAAGAAUGGUGCCUCAGUACCCGUAUCACAGUGGUUAUGGCACCAGCCACAUACACUGAGGUUGGCAGAUUUGAACCCAGCCUGGGCUAGCUAAAACAACCAUGACAACUGCAACAAAAAAUAGCUGGGCAUUAUGGCGGGGUUCACUUAAAGCCCAAAGAGUUUGAGGUUGCUGUGAAGUGUGAUGCCACAGCACUCUACCAAGGGCAACAUAGUGAGACUCUGUCUCAAAAAAAAACAAAAAAAGAGUACAUUGAGCUCCAUAGAGACAGCACCAGGGCAAGAGAGAGCCGGACGGGCACUGGGCGACUCUGUGCCUCACUGAGGAAAAAUAACUAAACAAGGGCAAAGGAGAUUCUAAGAAGCUGAGAGGCAAAAUGUCAUCAUAUGUAUUCUUUGUGCAAACUUGUCAGGACGAGCACAAGAAGAAGCACCCAGAUUCUUCAGUCAACUUCUCAGAGUUUUCUAAGUGCUCAAAGAGGUGGAAGACCAUGUCUGCUAAAGAGAAAGGAAGAUUUGAAGAUAUGGCAGAGGCGGACAAGGCCCGUUAUGAAAGAGAAAUGAAAACCUAUAUCCCUCCUAAAGGGGAAACAAAAAAGAAGUUCAAGGAUCCCAAUGCACCCAAGAGGCCUCCUUUGGCCUUUUUCUUGUUCUGUUCUGAGUAUCGCCCAAAAAUCAAAGGAGAACAUCCUGGCCUGUCCAUUGGUGAUGUUGCAAAGAAGCUGGGGGAGAUGUGGAAUAACACUGCUGUGGAUGACAAGCAGCCUUAUGAAAAGAAGACUGCGAAGCUGAAGGAAAAAUACGAAAAGGAUAUUGCUGCAUACCAAGCUAAAGGAAAGCCUGAUGCAGCGAAAAAGGGAGUCAUCAAGGCUGAAAAAAGCAAGAAAAAGAAGGAAGAAGAAGAUGAAGAGUAUGAAGAGGAGGAGGAAGGUGAAGAAGAUGAUGAAUAAAUUGGUUCUAGCGAAGUUUUUUUUCCUUGUCUAUAAAGCAUUUAACCCCUCUGUACACAACUCACUCCUUUUAAAGAAAAAAAUUGAAAUGUAAGGCUGUGUAAGAUUUGUUUUUAAACUGCACAGUGUCUUUUUUUGUAUAGUUAACACACUACUGACUGUGAUAGCCCUGUCUGGUGGUAUUUUCAGUAGCCACUAACCUUGCCUGGUACAGGAUGGGGGUUGUAAAUUGUCAUGGAAAUUUAAAGCAGGUUCUUGUUGGUGCACAGCACAAAUUAGUUAUAUAUGGGGAUGGUAGUUUUUUCCUCUUCAGUUGUCUCUGAUGCAGCUUAUACGAAAUAAUUGUUGUUCUGUUAACUGAAUACCACUCUGUAAUUGCAAAAAAAAAAGUUGCAGCUGUUUUGUUGACAUUCUGAAUGCUUUUAAGUAAAUACAAUUUUUCUUUU